AUGUAUUAUAUUUCCACGAUGAAAAAAUUUAUCUAUAUUACAACUACUUAUAUUGUUCUGUUUACUUCAUUAGAAAUAAUUUAUGGGAGAAAAAUUGAGACGGAAAAAAAGAACCAUGACGCACAGUUAAACAGUUUUUAUUUAUAUCAUAAUUUAGAAGGAGUAAAUCUUAAUGAUUCAAACUCUUCAAAUGAAAAACAAUAUAAUAAUAAAAACAAUGCCAUUAAUGAUCAAACAUUUAUACAACCUCAUUCGAUUACCUACUUUAGAAAUCAAAAAGACACUGCAAAUGAUAAAAUAACAUUAUACAAUGACUACACAAUAAAAAACAACUUCAAUGCUUUUAAAAGUUUUAAUAAUGAUAGCGAAAAAACAGAUAGGAAAGCAACUAUAGUUAAAAAUUCUUUUAUCCAAAAAUCAUCUGCACCAUCAUUCGACCCUGAUAUAUAUAACGAAAUAGAUAUUAUAUAUGGUGCAUCAUAUACAAACGAAAAUUUAGAAUUUUUUUAUGCGAAAUUACAAAUUUGUUACGAUCUUCGAACCAUAGACAGUAAAGGCUAUUAUAGUUCAAAACGUCUAUUAGAUUCCAUAUUGAAUAAACUCAAACAAAUACAAAAGGAUAUAAUCGCAAUAAAAAAAGAAUGUGAACCUCGAAGAACCAAUGUAAUAGGUGAAAUGGUCAAAAUUCAAGAUCCUCUUUAUGAAUUUUAUAAGGAACCCAUACAUUCCUAUUAUAAUUCAUAUGAAAUUUCAAAAAAAGACUAUGUGAAUUGCAUUCUUCCACGGUUUAAAAAUCUAGAACCCAUACUAGAUGGUAUUCUUUCAUCGUUGAAACUUGAAUAUGAUUAUGUAGGCUAUUAUAGCUAUUGGGAUAUAGAUGCCGCCUAUAAAGAACAUGCUACUAUUACACACAAGCAUAUUUUAGCUUUUUUGAAUGAUGUAAAAAAACAUCCGAUGCCUAAUGAUAAAGAAACUGUUCCACAUAUAAAAUCAUUAAUUCAAAUUUUAGAGUCUGAGGGGGAACAAAAACAUCUUAAAAAUAAACUAAUUUUUUUAGAAAAGCAAUUUGAAGAUGUUAUACACAAAUCGAGUAUCUACCUGGAAAAGUGUUUAUCGUCUCAUUUAUUGAUGGAAGACUAUCUAAAAGAUAGUAAAAUUUCACCUUAUUACUAUGAAUUUUUAGAAAAGAUUAAACGGAUAUCAAAAAGACGAGAAAUUUUCUUUUAUAAUGCAAAGAAGCUAAAGUAUUUGGAAAUAGUAUAUAAUCAUCAAAAAGAAGUAUUAAACAGUUUUGUUAAAACACUAGGAAGGCUAUUAAUAGAAAAACCUGAUCCAAAUAACAAUCAGAUAUUUAAAGAUGAUUUUGAUGAAUUUUAUAAGCCAAUACCCAAAUCGAAUUUAAAAGCAUUAGAAACAAGAUUUUUUGAAAUAUUUAAACAGGAAUGGGGUUCUUAUGAUAAUAAAAAAACUCUUGGCAAAAAUGUUAACCAAGAUAACACUGUACGCUUAAUUUUAAUGAGGAUGAAAGACUUCAAAGACAUAAUUGAUUCUAUGGAACUUUACAAAAGGAGAGUUACUUCAAAAAAUAAAAUUCUUUCUGACAUCGAUCAAAAUUUAAAUAAAAAAACUUAUAAAGAAAUAGAAAAUGGAUUGAAGGAGUCUUAUACAUUAGCAACAAAUUGGAAAAGAUUAAAACACAAAAUAAAAACAGAAUUGGAAGAAUACAAUGAAGACUCUAUUCACUUGGAAAAAGAAAUUAACAAUUUAUUUGACAAAUAUUUGGAAAUAGAUGAUGAAAUCGUAUAUAUAAACACGUUAAAAUUAGAAUUAAAAGAAAAAAUUAAAAAUAUAUCUGACAAAAAUGAAUAUGUUAAAAAAGCUAUUGACUUAAAGAAGGUGGUAGAAAAUAACAAUGCAUACAUUGAUGAAUUAGCUAAAAUAUCGCCAUAUCAAGUUACAGAAUAUGUAAAGAACAAAGAUAAGAUAUAUAGUACAAUAAAAUCAGAGUUAUCUAAAAUUUAUCAAGGAGACCUUGAUGCACUUUACAAUGAAUUAUCUUCUAUAGUUAAAGAAAAUGCCGUUGAUAAUACAGAAGACAAAGCGAAACUUGAAGAUUUAAAAUCAAAAAUAGAUAAAGAAUAUGAUAAAAUUCAAAACAUGGAAACUGAAACAGUUAAAUUAAAUUUAAGUACCAUCGAAAAUAAAAAAAAUGAGCUUUUGAGUAUUAUUGUGGAAAUGAAAAAACAUAUACAUAGUGAACUUAACAAUGAACUAAAUAAAAUAGUAGAAGAUUUUAAAAGUAAAGAAAAGCAGUUGUCAAGUAAUAUAAAUGAUUAUUCUAAUUACAAAGACGAAUUAAAUAAAUAUAAAUCUAAAAUUUCAGAAAUCAAAAGUCAAUAUAAUGAUCAAAGUAAUAUAGACAAUAUAAAGGACGAAGACGCAAAACAAAACUAUGAAAAAUCCAAAGAAUACAUUAAGACAAUAUCUGUCAAAGAAGAUGAAAUAUUCAAAAUCAUAAAUGAAAUGAAAUUCAUGAAAGAUGACAUUUUAAAUAAAGUGAAUGUAUUUGUGAAUUUAGAAAAUAAUCAUAAAGAAAAGAUUAACUCAGGGCACGAAUCAUUUGCUGAAUUGGUAAAUAAAAUAAAAAAUGAAAUUUCAGAUGACCAGUUGAAUGAUUAUGAAAAAAAUGUUAAUGAUAGUAAAUCUUUAAUUAAUGAAAUAACCAAAUCCAUUGAAGAGGAAUACCAAAACAUUAAUACUCUUAAGAAGGUAAAUGGGUAUUUAAAAAUAUGUAAAAAUACAACAGAAUCUAUAGAAAAAUUCCGUAAUAAGCAAAAUAAAUUAAAUGAAAUAUUAAAUAAAAAUAUUGAUGUCAUAAAAAACAGUAAUUUAAUAGAAAAAUCGUAUACAAACCAAUUUGAUAAUACAUUAACAGAUAAAAAGACAGAAUUAGAAAAAAUAUUCACAGAAUUGUCUUUAAGUAGUUACGAAGCGAAGAACAAUGAAUUGAUAAAAUAUUUUAAUGAUUUAAAAGAAAAUUUAGGAACACCUAAAGGAAACACCCUAUAUCAACAAUUCGAUGAAAACGAAAAGGCUACUAAUGAUAUCGAACAAAAAAGUGUUAAUGCAAAUAAAAAUGUUUCAAACAUCGAAAUGGUAAUUCAUACAUCAAUUUAUAACAUUAUUGACGAGAUAGAAAAAUUAAUUGGAAAAAAUAUAGAACUUCUAAAUAAAGAAAUACUUAAGGAAGCAGAAAUCAGUAUAACCAAUUUUAAUGAAAUAAAGGAAAAAUUAAAGCAUUAUAAUUUUGAUGAUUUUGUGAAAGAAGAAAAUAUAAAAUAUGCUGAUGAAAUUAAUAAAAUUAAAAAUGAUAUUAAGACCUUAGAUCAAAAAGUCGAUAAAAACAUAAAGGCAUUAACGGAAAUAAAAAACAAGUCAGAGAACUAUAUUAACGAAAUAAAAACGCAAAUAAGCGAUUUAGAAGAUGUAACAGAUAAAACCAUAUAUAAUGAGGAUCCAAAGGAAAUUGAAAAAAAAAUAGAAAAUAUAGUAACAAAAAUUGAUAAAAAAAAAUAUAUAUAUGAUAAUAUGAAAAAAUUAUUAAAUGAAAUAGCGGAAAUAGAAAAAGAUAAAACUUCGUUAGAAGAAGUAAAAAAUAUAAAUAUGUCAUAUGGAAAAAGUUUAAAUAAACUAUUUUUGGAAAAAAUUGAUGAAGAAAAGAAAAAGUCUGAAAAUAUGAUAAAAUCAAUGGAAAAAUAUAUAAAAGACCUUGAUGAAAUAAAAGAGCAAUCACCCAAAGCGGAAAUGAACACAUUUAAUAUAUCAAAUUCCAAGUAUAAAGAUCAUUAUAUUACUAGUCAGAAAAAUGAUAAAAGUAUUUCCGAUAUUCGUGAAAAAUCUUUAAAACUAACAGAAGGAAAUUAUGAGAAAUCAAAUAUAAAUGAUAUUAAAAAAACGUUACAAACAUAUCUUUUAGACGCCCAGAAGCAUAAUAGUGACAUAAAUCUUUAUUUAAAUGAAAUUACCAAUCUAUAUAACAUUUUAAAGUUAAAUAAUAUUAAAAAUAUUAUUGAUGAAGUAAAAGAAUAUACUAAAAAAAUUGAAGAGUAUAAUAAAAAUGUAAAAUCGGAAUUAGAUAAAUCAGAAACACUAAUUAAAACCAUCAAAGAAAACUCAAAUUUAGAAACAUGCAAAUCGAAAAUAGAAUCAACUGUAGAUGGUAAAGAUAUUAAUGAAUGCAUAAAGAAAGUUACAGAAUCAAAAAAUUAUAUUUUAAGCGAAGAGUCUAACAACGACACCUAUUUUAAAAAUGCUAAAGAGAAUAAUGAAAAUGUAUCACUACUUUUUAAAAAUAUCGAAAUGGCAAACAACAAAACUCAACACAUAAUGAAAAAUCAAAAAGAUAAUGCCACUAGCGAUAUGGAUUUUAAUUUAAAUGAAUUGAAGGAAAACAUUGAUAAAUCUAAAAAAUGCAAAGACGAGGCUGAUAAAAAUGCAAAACAAACGGAAAAAAAUAAGAUUCUGUUUAAACAAUAUAAAAAAGAUGUUACUGAGCUUUUAAAUAAAUAUUCUGAAUUAGCAAUAAAAAAUAAUAUCGCACAAACAAAGAAAGAUUCAAAUAUUAUAAUUAAUGAAAUAAAAGAGUUAAAAAAACAAAUUACCCUUCAAGCAGAAACAUCGGAGCAAAAAAUUAACAAAAUAAAAAAAGAAAAAUUUACUAUUGAAGACGACGCUGCUAAUAAUAAUAAAUCCAAUAAAGCAGCUAUAGGUAUUCAAACUUCUUUGGAAAAUCUUGAAAAUAAAUUAUUAAAAAUAACCAAUAUAAAAAAAAAAAUAAACGAUUGUUUAACAGAAACAGAAAGCAUAGAGAAACAAAUAUCAAGUUUUUCCAUAAAUAGUCAAGAUACAGAAUUAAGUAGCCUUCAGACAUUUUUAGAAUCCCUCAAAGACCAAAAAAAAAAUAUUGAAGACCAGAAAACAGAAUUAGAUAACCUUGAUUCUGAAAUUAAAAGUAUAGAAAACGAUGUUGAUCAACAUAAAAAAAACUACGAAAUUGGAAUUAUCGAAAAAAUAAAAGAAACUGCCAUUACAAAUAAAGAGGAAUUAGAAUCAAUAAAAACCUCAAUAGAAUCAACAAUAAAAAAUGUAACAUCAUCUUUUAAUACAAAUGAUUUAGAAGGUAUUAACACUAAUGAAAACUUGGAAAAAUAUAAUACUGAAAUAAAUGAUAUAUAUGAAGAAUUUAUUAAAUCAUAUAAUAUAAUGACAAAUUGUUUAGAAACUGUUUCAAAAGAACCCAUAACAUAUGAUCAAAUUAAAAAUACACGGAUCACCGCCCAAAAUGAAUUCUUAAAAAUUAUAGAAAUCAAAAAGAAAUAUAACUCCUACUUAGAUAAUGUAAAAAUAAAAGAAGUUGAUAGAAUAAUUAAUCAUUUUAAAAGCAAAUUAGAUCAUGUGAACGAUACAUUUACAAAAGAAUAUUCAAAUAUUAACAAAGGUUUCGACGAUAUUUCAAAAUCUAUUGAAAAUGUUAAAACUUCAACCGAUGAAAAUUUAUUAUUUGAUAUACUAAAUAAAACCAAAGAUGCGUAUAUGGGAAUGAUUGGUAAAUCAUAUUAUAGCUAUAAAGAUGAAGCAGAAAGUAUAUUUAAAAAUAUGGUUAAAUUAGCAUAUUCUAUAAAUAUUCAAAUACAAAAUAAUUCAGGCAUAAAUUUAUUUGACAAUGUUAAUAUAGAUGUAUUAUCUAGCUUAAAUUCAGAAACAAAAGACACAUUAAAAUUUAUUCCAUCGCCAGAAAAUGAACCGGAAAUAUAUACGAAAAUACGCAAUUCUUAUGAUACUCUUCUCAAUAUAUUUAAAAAAAGUCAAGAUACACAUAAAAAGGAGCAAGAUACUUUAAAUAUAAUGAACAAAAACCAACAGUUAUAUGAAAAAAUACGUCAAUCCAAUGAAUUAAAAGGUGUAUUAAGUGAUACAAAAUAUAAAAAAGAAAAAAUAUUAAACGAUGUUAAACUAGUUUUACAUAAAUUUGAUGAAUUAAAUCAAUUAACAUGUGAUUCUCAAAAUUAUGAUACUAUUUUAGAAUUAUCAAAUCAGAAUCAAAUAAAAACAAAAAUUGACAAUUAUGAGCAAGAAAAAAGAAAAUUUGUAAUGGAUUUUAAUGUAACAAUUAUGGAACAAAAAUUGGAUAAUAUCAUUAAAUCUAUAGAAAAAUUCGAAAACACCCAUGAUUCUUCAGAGAAAAAAGACUCUAAUAUACAAUCUAAUAAUCAAUUAAACGAAAUGACUGAAUUAUUUAAUACUGAGAUAAAAAUAAUUGAGAACAAAAUAAUCGAAAAAAAUGGUUUAAUUGAUCAACUAACAAAAAUGAGAAAGGAAUGCCUACUUUUUUCAUAUGCAACAUUAGUCGAGACUCUUAAAAGUAAAGUAAUUAAUUACUCGGAAUUUAUAACAUCUGCAACUAAAUUUUCAAAAGAAUAUUUCGAAUUUAUUAAUAAUAGUACAGAUUCUUUAAAUGAUAACAUCGAUGCAUUACAAACAAAAUAUAAUUUGAAUCAAACAAAGAAACAUAUGAUAAGUGAUAUUACGAACGAUAAAAAUAACUUAAUAGAAAAAGAAAAAGAAGCUACUCAGACAAUUAAUAAUUUGACCAAGUUAUUUACAAUAGAUUUCCAAAAUGCUGAUGCCAAAAUAUUAUACUAUAAUAAUCUACAAAUGACUUAUUUCUAUUCCCAACUUCAAAAGUCAAUUGAAUCCAUAAAAAAAUUAUAUAGAAAAAUACGUGCCUUUAAACUAUCAAAUAUAUAUCUUAUUAAUGAAAAAUAUUCCGAUAUAUCCAAACAAUUUGAUAAUAUUAUACAGUUACAGAAAAAUAAAUUAACAGAAAAUUUAAAUAAUUUAAAGGAAAUUGAACAAUAUGUUUCUGAUAAAAAAAGAAUUUUCCUUCAUACAGUAAAUGGAAAUACAAAUUUCAAUUUCAAUGCGCUUAAAGAAAUAUAUGAUAAUAUCAUUAGUCGUGAAAACAAAGCCCAUGGUAUUGAAAAUGUUAAUAAUAAAGAAAGUGAAAAUAUAAUGCAAUACACAGAUACAAUUACCAAAUUAACAGAAAAAAUACAAGAUAUCUUAAUUUUUGUUACAACUUAUGAAAAUGAUAAUAAUAUAAUCAAGCAACAUAUUCAAGACAAUGAUGAAAAUGAUGUAUCAAAAAUUAAAGAAAAUUUAAAAAGCACAAUACAAUCAUUUCAGCAUAUUCAAAAUAAAAUAAAUGAAAUCAAAGCCCAAUUUUAUGGUGGUAACAAUAUAAAUAGUAUUAUAAUUACCAUAUCACAAAAUGCAAAUGAUGUAAAAACACUAUUUUCUAAGGAUUUAACUAUAGAAAACGAACUCACUCGAAUACAAAGUCGUUUAGAAAAUAUUAAAAAUGCUGCUCAUGAAAACAGAAGCGAGCAAAUAGUUCAAUAUACUAAUGCUAUACACAAUUAUAUUGAGCAACAAUUUAACAAAAUUGAGAACAAUUCAAAUCAAGACGAAAUAGACAGUACAAUGGAAAAUAUACGAAAUUAUAAUAAAGAAUCCGAAGUAAAAUUACAACAAAUUUCAAAUUACAAAAACGAAUUUGCAUCAAUAAUCCCAGAUAUUACUAACCUUAUUGCUUUAAUUAAAUCUAAGUAUGGUAAUAAUAAUAUCUCAUAUAAGGUUGCCAUUAAGCAUGAAGAAGAUGCUCAAAACAUACUUAAUGAUUUAAAUAAAAGUCAAAAUAUCCUUAGCCAAUCAAUAAAUAAAAAUAAAAAGAGUAUAGAAGAUUUAGGAUAUAAAAAGCAUGGUAUUCACAAUAACAACAAUUUACAUACUAUUAAUAAACACCAAGAAAUAUCGCAAAUAAAACAUCCUAAUAAUACAUCCCAUAAUAAUAAUGAUGAUGCAAAAUAUAAAAAUUAUCAUCACUCAAAUUCAGAUGAAAAAGGUUCCUCCAAAACAAAAAUUUCAGGAAAUUCUAUUAAAUUUGCAGGAGCAAUUGGAGUUGGUUUAGUAGCGUUCUAUGUAAUUGCAAACUUCAACAAAAAAAAUGAUACAAAUGAAAUGGAUUUAGAUAAUGAUCAGAGUUUUUGUAAUGAAGGAGAAAUUAAGUAUUUUGAAAGAGACGACGAAAUUAUAAAAAUAAAUAUGAAUGAAGAUUAA